GGUGCGCGUAUCUUGUUUUCAGAAAAAAGCCGAAGUCACCCUAGACCGCAUAAUACUCCAACGUCGCUUCGAAUGAAUGAUAAUUUAACAAGUUUGAACUUGUACAUCGCACACGAAGAAGGCUAACUUAUAUGACGAUAUUCCCUCAUAAGCCCUCUUCUCAGACUCUCUGGCAAUGACUGUGCAGAUAGGGGUGGCGUGUCUGGCUCUGCUAGGCCUGACCUCAGCCCUGAUUUGUCCCGAUGGUGGGAUGUGUGCAGAGGGGAACACGUGCUGCAAGACGCCCAGCGGGGGAUAUGGCUGCUGUCCACUACCGAAUGCUGAGUGCUGCUCGGACCACCUGCAUUGCUGUUAUGAGGGGACAGUGUGUGAUUUAGUGCACUCCAAGUGCCUUAAUAAAACCGUCUCUCUGCCGUGGGUCAGAAGAGUUCCUGCCAAACGCCUAAUCGGCCCUCUGAUGCUGGAGGGAGUGAAGGCAGUCAUUUGUCCCGACGGCGAGGCCGAGUGUCCAGACGACACUACCUGCUGUGAACUCCCAGGCGGUUCCUGGGGCUGCUGUCCCCUGGCCAAGGCGGUGUGCUGUGAGGACAAGAUGCACUGCUGUCCAGAGGGCACCAAAUGUGACCUAGCCCACUCCAAGUGUGUGUCGCCCACCCUGGACACGUUCCCUAUGAGGGAGAAAGUGCCUGCAAGGAAGAGGCAGACAGUAGCUGUGGUUGGACAAGCAGUGACCUGCCCAGGUGGUAAGAGCCUGUGCCCAGACGGAACCACAUGUUGCCUGCUGGUCAGUGGAGACUUUGGCUGCUGCCCCUACCCUGAGGGUGUGUGCUGUACUGACAAACUCCACUGUUGCCCUGGCAACACAACCUGUGACCUGGAGCAUGAGAUGUGCACUUCCCCCAAUACACGGACUCCAUUGGCCAAGAAGAUCCCUGCAAUCCCCAACGAUGUGGAUUGCCCAGACAAGUUGUCAUUGUGUCCUGACGACACCACUUGUUGCCUGAAGGGGAAUGGGAGCUAUGGCUGCUGUCCUAUGCCCAGUGCUGUGUGCUGUUCAGAUCACCUCCACUGCUGUCCAGAGGGCACUACCUGUGACCUGGGACAGGGCACCUGUGUGUCUAAACACGACCAAACCCCCAUGGCUGUCAAAAUCCCUGCCACAUUGACCACUUCAUCCCUACAGAGCAGAGGCCCGAGACAAAUCAAUGCUGUGCCCUGCAACGACUCUGUGGCCUGUGCCGAUGGGAGUACGUGCUGUAAAUCACUAGAUGGAGAAUGGGUCUGCUGCCCCCUGCCCAAGGCUGUGUGUUGUGAUGACCAUCUCCACUGCUGCCCCCACGGGACCAUCUGUAACCUGGCAGAGAGUACGUGUGAUGACCCCUCCUCGGGCUCUGCCCUGGUUCCCAUGCUGGACAAGGUGCCUGCCUUCAGCUACGUGUCGGAGGAGGAGCCGCUGCCCAACAGCAAAUGUGACGAGUCCACAUCGUGCCCGGGCCAAUCCACGUGCUGCAAGACCACCACGGGAAACUGGGCCUGCUGCCCCCUGCCCAAUGCGAUGUGUUGCAACGACCACCUCCACUGCUGCCCCCACGGCACCGUGUGUAACCUGGAGGCCAGUACCUGUGAUGAUCCCUCAGGUUUCACCAUGCCGUGGGUCGCCAAGGUGCCAGCCCUCCCCACCCAGACACCACUGGCCACUGAGAAGUGUGACGAACAGACCAUGUGCCCCAGGGGCACCACCUGCUGCAGGCAGAACUCGGGACAGUCGGCAUGCUGUCCUCUACCUCAUGCUGUUUGCUGUACAGACCACGAGCACUGCUGUCCACAGGGCUACAGCUGCAACAUGCAGACUGGGACCUGUGAGAAACCAGUAGAGGGUGUUCUCCCCCAUAUGAUUCCCCAGACAAAGGUGGCAGAGUCCCAGCAGAGAGCAGCGGAGACGGGGAUAGAUGUGAAGUGUGACGGUGCUGGAGAGUACAGCUGUCCCAAACUGCAGACAUGCUGCAAGACCUCCCCCACAGAAUGGUCCUGCUGCCCCGAACCAAAGGCAGUAUGCUGCGCAGACGCCAAGCACUGCUGCCCCAUGGGAUACACAUGUCACCUAGGGCAGGGAGGCUGCUCCCAGCAGGCUGAGUUGACCUGGGAUAUUUUCUUCACUCACAACAAAAAGAGAGACUUUGUUCCUUUUGGACUCUGAGCCAAUCAGAAUGCAUUGAUCUGGUCUCUGUGCCAAUCAGGAGCAGCACUGAUCUGAUGUUCCUCCCUCCAGCACACUUACUAACCUACAGAACAUGCCAUAAGAGGAACACGACCUUAUGGACAAGGGACUGAAGAUUUAGUAUUUUUCUAUCCAUUUUUCCCCCCUUUUUUUUCUCGUGAUUUUAUUUGGUUUUCAAUUGGGGUAGAACCAGGAAGUAGAAAUGUUUGAAAAUUCAGCAUCUCUACCCAACGUCCAUCCAGAAGUGUUUUAAGAUUUUUAUGCAGCUAGCUUCUCCGUUUAUCCUUAAUGUCUUUUAGAUUUACGUUUAGUUACUACUGCCCCAUAUCAUGCCAUUUUCUCUAUGCAAAUGAGAAACAUGAAUGUAUUAUAGCCUCUUGUUGGAACUAUCACUCUAAGCCUGCUUUGAGACGUAUCAAAAAUUUAUUUGUAUACCAAACUCUUAAGAACACAGCUACAUAGUAUAAGAAAGCUGAUUUUCAUGUUUUGUUGAUGCAGGGCACAACCUAGCAUUAGUAAGUGACUGUUAGUUUAUCGCCUGGAAGUACUUAUAUAGCCAUUGAUCAGCCGACAGUGUUAAUGUAAUUGAAAAUUUUUCUCGAUUUUAUGUAUGUUUUGGCUGCUGGUUCUUUACUUUCUGUGAAGUGAGGAUCGAGAUGGAUGGUCCAACCUCUGACCGUUUUCUGAAUGCUGUCACUCAAACCCGUCAAGUCAUAGACAUUUUCUUAAAUGUGUAAUUUCCAUUUAUCUAUAUACAUCUUUAUAAUCAUAUAGUUGGAAUACAUUACAAUCAUUUGCAUACAAUGUAUUUAAAGCAAAACGUUUUUAAUCAGUCAUUUUAUCUUGAUGUCAUAAUACUUAUUGUUGAUCACUAUUGUGAUCAAUACAAAUGAUCAUAAAUAACUUUAUUUAAACAGGGUUGUGCCCAUAGAGAUCUUAUUAAACGAUUCUAAUUCCUAAUUCUAUGGUUGGGCCUUUUUUGAUUUUCAGUAUAGGAAUUACUGGUAAACCCCAGUUAAAUUAUUUCCUCAUGAAAUUUGUGGUGCUUUUACAAAAGUGACAGACUUCCCUAUUUCAUAGUACGUCUAGUUCAUAGGAAUUAUGUAUGAUUGUUUUGCACAAUGUUAGUUGAUAUCAAAAUGUACACAAAUCUACACCAAACACUCUGUUAUUUCUUUUAAUAAAAAAAAUUAAUUCCUUUUAAAAGAUUUUAUCUCAUUGAAGAGUGUCCCUGAUAAGUGUAUGCAAACUGAGGUGAAAUAUAUUUUAAAAAUAUAUUUCAUCGUUUAUGUUUGAAAAACAACCAUUUUGGGUGUAUUUGUGGCAUUGUAGGGCGGCGCACAUUUGGCACAGCGUCGUCCGGGUUUGGCCGUCAUUAUAAAUAAAAAUGUGUUCUUAA